AGGCUCCUUCCCAGCAUCAGAGUCAUGAUUUCCAACUUGCUGAAAUGGGCUGCUUUCAUUUGGACUGUGAAUUAUAUUCCUCGCAUUUUUGGAAUGGCAGUGAGCGAACACACAGAUGGCUCAUGUCCUUCUAUGAAUGUGGAAGAACACAGGUUUUCUGAUGUUCUAGAUCGUCCUUUGGAAAUCACAGGGUUUGAUCUCACAGAGAAGUUUCUUCUUAGAAAGGGAACAGUCAUGGAAGACCUGCCGUCCUUUCGAUUGGGAAGCAGUCCACUUAUCAAGCCUACAAAAUUAAUAUUUCCAAAUGGGCUUUCAAGUGAGUACUCCCUGGUUUGCAUUUUCCGGGUGAGAAGAACAACCAAGAAAGACCGCUGGUAUCUCUGGCAGAUAUUUGACCAAUCAGGUGGCAGUCAGGUUUCCGUUGUGGUUGACGGUGGAAAGAAAGCGGUGGAGUUUUCUUAUCAAGGCCUGACAAAGAACGCUCUCCGCUACACAUUUAAGAGCCGUGAACUGCUUGCCCUCUUUGAUCGCCAGUGGCACAAGCUGAGCAUUUCUGUACAGAGUAACAUGGUCUCCAUUUAUAUGGACUGCAAUCUAUUAGAAAGGAGACUGACAGAUGAGAGGGACACCAUUGACUCCAGCGGACGCACACUCAUCACCACACGAGUGGAGGACGGACGGCCUGUAGAUAUUGAAGUGAGACAAAUUCUGAUCUACUGUGACCCUUAUAUGGCUGAGAUGGAAAAUUGCUGCGAGCUGCUAAAACCAAAGUGUGGAGUCGAGACAUUUAAUGGGACUUCCCCUCCCCUGGUUACAGCCCAGAUGCCCCUGAUGCUGUCUCAGCCGGCCUCGCGGUCAAUUGACAGAUGUCACUGUCCAGAUGAAAAGGUACAAUCAAUUCGGCCCAACAAGGGGUUCUAA